GAAAGCACCGCUAGCUAACGUGGUGAUGCUGAAGAGGGAUUUACGGCAUGUUGAAAGAGUAAAGAAGACUACCACAUCAAAGUCAGCGUUAAAAGGGGCAGUCAACCAUCUUGACGGCGUUACUCUCUGGGGCUGUCAGUGACCGGCCUGCCGACGUGGCGGGGCGGAAGAAGAGUCGCCGGCUGGCACCAGACGGAUCAAAAAUGUCCCAGGAGGCCCCCUCAGCUGCAGAGCCCUGCAGUGACACCACGCCGACACCUGACCCCCCGCUCCACGCUGACCCCGGCCCCUGUCAGGAUGUCCCAUCUGCCCUCACCUCUGCACCGGCUCCACCUGAGCCUCCUCUAAUCCCAGAUAGUGCGGACGUCCCACAGUCUAACCGGGAGAAAGCAGAGGAGGACAAAAACAACGCGUCCGAGGGUCAAACCGAGCCGCCCGCUGAGGGCCAGGCGGUCGUGUGUGACCAACCGGUCAGCCUGGAGCCGGACGCAGAGCCUGCAGGGGACCACGUGGAGAUGUCCCUCCAGCAGAAUGAGGGAGGUUGGGGAGGUUGGAGUUCAUGGGGAAAGUCUCUGCUGAGCAGCGCCACCUCCACAGUCGGACAGAGCCUUACCUCGGUUAAGGAGAAGGCAGGAGAGGCCCUCCGCCUCCACAGGACCUCAGUGGGAGAGGAGGCUCAAGAAGAGGAGGAGGCGUCAGAGGAGAGGAAAGAAGGAGGAGGCGAGGUGGAGGACGCUGACCCGUCCGGCACGGAGGAAUUGUCCUCCUCACGUUCUGUCGUUGCACCAAGCAGAGGGGUUUUCUCAACAAUCACACACGCUGUGCAGAACACUGGAAAGUCCGUGAUCAGCGGAGGUCUCGAUGCUUUGGAGUUCAUCGGAAAGAAGACCAUGACCGUUCUGGCUGAAAGCGACCCGGGCUUCAAAAAGACCAAAACCCUGAUGCAGAGGACGAUGCUGAAAGAAGCGAAGGAGAGAGAGCGGGCACGUCUGAGCAACCAGCCCAUCAGUGCUCCCACUGCUCACUACGGCAUUCUGUUUGAUGACUACCAGGGGUUGUCGCACCUUGAGGCCUUGGAGAUCUUGUCCAAUGAGAGUGAGGUCAAGGUCCAAGAGUUCCUCUCCUCCUUGUCGGAGGAAGAGCAGGACGAGAUGAAGAAGGAGCUGAUUUUCAUCAAAGAGAUUUUCCUCAAACAGCAUGAAGAAGAGGAGGAAGGAGAGGAGAACAGAGGACAGACGAAGGAUAAUGGUGAUCUAAGUUCCCACAUACACAGUUCUGUCCUCUUAUCUGCUGACGGUGAGGAGUUCGUAAGCGUUCUUACUGAGCUGCUGUUUGAGCUCCAUGUCGCUGCGACACCCGACAAGCUCAACAAGGCUAGAAUGAAGGCCCAUGAUUGGAUGAACAAGGUGGAGCAGCCUGUCACUACGGAGACAGUUGGCAGGGAAACGCAGGACGAGCCAGGACAGGCCUCACCUGGAGAGAGCAAAGAGGAGGAGGAGAAGAAAGACGGCGAGCAGCAGGAGGGGGGGGAGACGAAGGAGGGAGAGAAGGACGGAGAGAUAAAAGAGAGCGACCCGAGGUCCGCAGAGGGAGUCUACCUGUCGCUGACGUGCGCCAUGUGCAAGGAGGUGGAUUGUUUGGCCAAGAGGUUUUCUGACACACUGCUUCUAGUUGGGGGCCAGCGGAAAGCAGAGGACUUGAAUCCACUCGUGGACGGCGUGCUGCUAGAGGGUUCCAAUAGCACCAACUACAUCCACAACGCCUUCCAGCUGCUCCUGCCCGUCCUGCAGAUCUCCCACAUUCAGAGCCAGCGCCGCCACGCCGCCGCAGAGCCGGCGGCCCAGCUGCAGCACUAA